AUGAACACAAAGACAUCGUGGAGGCAGGAGCUUUGCAACUUGAGCCGCUCAGACAGGCCUGAGCCUUUCUUCCAGCGUGCGAAGGCUAUUGUCCACAUCCUGCAGACCAAUCCCGAGGAGCGGCAGCAAAUCUUGGAAAGCAUUAUCUUAGAGAUGGAGGAGGGGGUCUUGCUUGCAUGUGCAGGAUAUUCGUCUGUCCUGGGGUACCUGCAUCGUCGCGUGGGGUACAUGAGCGAGUACACAGCGGACAAUAUUAUUUUCACAGUCACAGCCUAUUCGGAGAAACACAAAGGCUCUGGAGAUGAGCAGGCGCAGAUUAUCGCGUGUGCUUGCUUCAUUUCAAUCAUGUCUGCUCUCAGUUCCGUGAAUGCUGAGUCUUCGGAGAAGUGUCUCUGCGCAUAUCAGACAUCGUACGUGAGACUCUUCAGCCCCCUAGCUCGGGCACACUGCCAGGCGAGUCUUGCCCUCUCGCUCGUCAUUAUUGCAGGAUCGCAUCCCAUCCGCACACUCUCAGUGGCUCAAGACCUGCUAAUCAGACCAUCUGAUGGAGCUUCAAGCAAGGGAGUCGUUAACUAUCUGCUCUUUCUCCUUGCUACGUUUGGAGAGCAGGACAUAGAGCUUGCUGGCCCAUACGUCGGCCCAUUUUCCCUUCCAAUUGUGAGCUCUGACGAUAUUAAGGCAAAGAUAGUACCGGUCAGCCUACUCAAGCAGCUUGACACGACCCUCAUCUCUGAAGCCGCAAUAUGGAUAUACUCACGUUCACAAGACAUUUAUCCUGGCAGAGUGCCCUCUGCCCAAGGGAAAAAAACUAAAGAAUCAGAGGAAGACAUACCCGCAAAGGACAUGCAGCUGCAUCCUGUCUGGAAAUACUUGUUUGCUUUCUAUGCUGCUCUUUAUAAGGCACACGGAGAAAAUGGUGCAGAAGUGGCCGUGGCCAUUCAAAGCCAUCUUGUCCGUUCUCUUCACACACCCAUCAAGGACUACAGUCAAGAUAUGUGCUAUAUUCUUGCUUCAAUUUUCGAAGUAGCAGAUGGAAUUCCAGAGUACGAUAAUUUAUUACCUAGACUACUUUGUGCAGGUGGUUUUCUGAAGACCUAUAUUCUUCCCAACAGCAACAAACAUAUAUGCUCCAAGCUUAUUCGUUAUGUCUCCAAGUGGUGCUAUACGGACAUACGUCGUGGUCGUGAAUUUGCCGUCAGUCUUAACUUAGAGCCGUUAGAAAUCUAUGGACUUAUUGGUACGGAGUUUGGAAAACUUGUUCUCAAGCGUGCGCCAGAAGAUGUUACUAUUGGAAUGCUGACUCAUAUGGCAUCACAAUUGCAGCGCUGCCUAACAACGCCUCUUUCACCGGAAAAGCUGGACGCUUUUCUGGUGGACUUCUCCUUUAGUAUGAAAGCCCUUGCCCCCUCUUUUAAAUCUUUUGCAAACGAGCUCGUGACCAUCUUUUUCAAAUUCUUUUCGCUGUUCUAUUAUCAACUCCGUGAUCACAGUCUCGUUAAGCAUCCCAUCAACACGGAGGAGUCUUACGCAAUUCUGCGUAGAGGAAGACAAAAGUUUCUUAUGACCUUGGAACCCUUGGCCACAGCUGAUGCAUUUGGUCAACUGGCUGCCCUUGUACUCCCAUCUUUGUCUGCUAGUUACAGGUCGGCUGUUACCGGGGCAAAAGAUAGCACGAGCAUCAGACUGCAUUAUCCUGUUUUAUUACAGACAGGCACUACGGCGCUGAGCCACCUUGACGGAUUGCAGGUGGUUGAUAGCGACCUUUCCUCCGUCUUUGCUAGGCAUUAUGAUGCAGUGGCCAUAGCAGCUCUUUGCUCACUGUUGAUGGGCCUUGAUGACGAGCACGUCUUAUCGCAAUCGACUACUGUGCAGAGCGUUUUAACGUCGGUUCAUAGAGUCGCACAGUUAGCGGCUAAAGGCCCCCAAGAAGUUGACUUGGAUGCCAUACAAGUAUCCCUACUUGGGCUUAAUCAUCACUUUCACGUUAGUAAUAGUAACUUCGGCCGUGUGGCCUCGGUGGCCAUAAUGAAGCAGAUUGCUAUUGACUUAACCGACAGAGCAUUUAAAUCCCUGCUAUCAGCUAUUCGCAUUGCUCCACCUGGUCAAUCUACAGAAAGCGAGGAUGAAAGUGAGGCUGAUCUCAUGGAGUUUCCUCAACCAAAGACAGACAAUGAAACAGUGCAGGACGUCAAUAUUUACAGCUUAAAGGGUCUGGAGCAGGAUGGAAGCCAACCACCCCAAACGGAUGUUAGUUCAGAGGGGUCCCGGGAUGAGGUCUCGGCGAUAAAUGGUGUUGACGAUCAGUACGAUAAGAUCCUUGUAGAUACCUUCAAGGCGCACAGAGCUGCGCAAACAGAGAGCACACACGUGUUCAUGAGGGCAGCGCGGACGUUGUAUCCCCUCUCAAUAGCUAUGGAGGCCAUUCCAGAUCGCCCUAUGAAUUGGGACGCCCUAGAGGCCUUAUACAUCCUCGUUUCAAAUCCCCUUGCUGCAACAAGGGACGAGUACGGGUUUCAACACCCAGCCGUCAAGCAGACACCAGCCAACAAGCAGUACAUUGAAAUGAUGGUACACCGGGCAUCUGAGCUCAUCGGAUCCUACACGCAGAACAAGAUCGUGCGCUCUAAGCUCUUCGUGAGUGACUUAUUUAUAUGCUAUGAGAUGGAUACCCCCGAGAAAUAUGAGUUAAGAUUCAGAUGGAGUGACCUGACAAACACAUUGAUUCUGGCCGUUGUCAACUCAAAGCACAAAAGUCGCAAGCAAGCAGAAGAUCUACUUGCCUUUAUUGUUUGCCUUUUAAGCACAGCUAAGCGAGAAUCCUUUGCAGAGAUUGCCGAGGAUCUACACGAACAAUAUGGCACUCCGAUCGAAGAUGCAAUUGAAUGCUGCGCAAAGCUGUGCAGAAGCACUGCAGAUAAGUUAGUUGAGGCCACAAUAAAGAAGAUGGUGCGAAAUCGGGAUCUGGGAACCUCGUCGCACAUUAUGAAGCAGUUCAUAGAUGCUGGCUGCUACUCCACAAUUGCAGUUAUCACAGACCAGUUUUCUAGCGAUGCAUUUGUGUCUCUCUUUGUGGCUGAAGAAUUCGUACUGCUUGUCAGCGACGCAUUAUCAGAUUGGUGCAAUGGUGUACGGCUCAAGAGGAUUGAGGGGGAUAUAUACGUUAAGGACCUGAUCAAGAAACUCUUAAAGAGUAUGUUUGAGUGGUUGGCACUGAAAACUAAUGAGGCUGGGCGUUCCCAGCAGUUGACUAAACUAAAGUAUGCAGCGAACCGUGUCAAGAAGAUCGUUAAAAUGUGCGAAGGAAUUGUAAGUUUAGAAGAUGACUUAAAAGCUUUAGAUGAUACGCGUCAAAAGAUCAUCACAGGCAGAGAGGCGAUGAGGGCAAAGGCGAUAAAGAGAUGA